GGUGAUCAAGUCAACUUUCGCCGAGAACAACGGGGACGACGAGGUCCGCAUGGGGGUGCUCGUCAUGGGUGGCACCGGUCUCCCAGAGGUGGUGUCCGAGAUCGGCACCUCCAGGGCCGCGACGUGGGUUGCGAUACACAAGGCCUCGCAGCCGGGAGGCGAGAGCGCCGCCUCGGAGGCCCUCUUCGCCGCCGGCAGGCUGCUGGCGAUGGAGCGCCCGGUGCUGGGCAAGCAGCGGCGCGGCACGGUGGUGCUCGUGACGGACGGUGGGAUCCGCGAGCCGUCGGCCGCGGUGGCGGCGGCGAAGCGGCUGCAGGCGUGGCCGUGGCCCGAGGGUGGCGUGAAGGUGAUGGUGGUGUUGGUGCAGGAGAUCCAGACAGCGCGGCGGCGAACAGCACGGCCGCGCUCAUGUGCAGCCUCGCGAGCUUCCCCUGCGCGGACCACGUGCUGCGGGUGAAUAGCUGGGAGGACUCCUGCUGCUUGUGCUCUCGUUUGCUCCUCGAUCAUCGCGGCCAUCUGCCCCACGGACGACUGAGGAGCCCGCGGGCCGGCCGCUCGCGGCGGCGUCUCGCCGUGCGGCGCGGGCCGCGUGGAGGGCCUCCGCCGGGAGCUCCGCGCGCGGAGCGCAGCCGCCUCCCGCGAAAGAGCG